CAGCCGAGGGGCGGCGCCCGCGGGCAGGGACAAGAACUCCGCGCAGCCAUGGCCGCAGCUGCUAGAGCCCGGGUCGCGCACUUGCUGAGGCAGCUGCAGCACGCAGCAUGCCAGUGCCCAACUCAUUCUCAUACUUACUCGCAAGCUCCUGCACUUUCACCUUCUGGGAAAACAACAGAUUAUGCCUUUGAGAUGGCUGUUUCAAAUAUUAGAUAUGGAGCAGGAGUUACAAAAGAAGUGGGCAUGGAUCUACAAAACAUGGGUGCUAAAAAUGUUUGCUUGAUGACAGAUAAGAACCUCUCCCAGCUCCCUCCUGUGCAAGUAGUUAUGGACUCCCUAGUGAAGAACGGCAUCCACUUUCAGGUGUUCGAUAAUGUGAGGGUGGAACCAACAUAUACGAGCUUCAUGGAAGCUAUUGAGUUUGCCCAAAAGGGAGCUUUUGAUGCCUACGUUGCUGUGGGUGGUGGUUCCACCAUGGACACCUGUAAAGCUGCUAAUCUGUAUGCGUCCAGCCCUCACUCUGAUUUCCUAGAUUAUGUCAACGCCCCCAUUGGGAAGGGAAAGCCUGUGUCUGUGCCUCUUAAGCCUCUAAUUGCAGUCCCAACUACCACAGGAACUGGGAGUGAAACUACUGGUAUUGCCGUUUUCGACUAUGAACACUUAAAAGUAAAAACUGGCAUUGCUUCAAGAGCCAUCAAACCCACACUGGGAUUGAUUGAUCCUCUGCACACCCUCCACUUGCCAGCACGGGUGGUUGCCAACAGUGGCUUCGAUGUGCUGUGCCAUGCCCUGGAGUCAUACACUGCCCUCCCCUACCACAUGAGGAGCCCCUGCCCUUCAAAUCCCAUGCUGCGGCCGGCGUACCAGGGCAGCAACCCGAUCAGCGACCUCUGGUCCAUCCAUGCUCUGAGGAUCGUUGCUAAAUAUCUGAAGAGGGCUGUCAAAAAUCCUGACGAUCUUGAAGCAAGGUCUCACAUGCAUUUGGCAAGUGCUUUUGCUGGCAUUGGCUUUGGAAAUGCUGGUGUUCAUCUGUGCCAUGGAAUGUCUUACCCAAUUUCAGGUUUAGUGAAGACAUAUAAAGCAAAGGAUUACAAUGUGGAUCACCCACUGGUGCCCCAUGGCCUUUCUGUGGUGCUCACAUCCCCAGCGGUGUUCACUUUCACCGCCCAGAUGUUUCCGGAGAGACACCUGGAGACAGCAGAAAUACUAGGAGCUGAUAUCCACACCGCCAGGCCCCAGGACGCAGGCCCUGUGUUGGCUGAUUCACUCCGGAAAUUCUUAUUCGAUCUGGACGUUGAUGAUGGCCUAGCAGCUGUUGGUUACACCAAGGCUGAUAUCCCUGCUUUAGUGAAAGGAACGCUGCCCCAGGAAAGGGUCACCAAGCUUGCUCCACGUCCCCAGUCAGAAGAGGAUCUGUCUGCUCUGUUUGAAGCUUCAAUGAAACUGUAUUAAUUGUCAUUUUAACUGAAAGAAUUAUCAUAUUACUUUUCUAAUUUUAAAAAAGGGAAGGAGAAAGAAAGAAAAAUAUUACUUUAAUCUUAGGUCAGAUUCAUUUUAUUAAAAUUUCAGUAACUAAUACAUAAACAGUAAAAACAAAUCUAAUGGGGUAAAUUAUUAGAGACUAAUUCUCUGGUGAAUAAAUUGUUCUUUGGGGGAAAAACACCAACAUCCUACAUGGAAAUUUACUCUUUUGAAAAAUGUUUCUAGGGAGUUCUAGUUGCUCCACAUUUUCACAAACAGUUGAUAUGAUCGGUCUCUUUCAACUUAUAAAUUCUAAUCCUGGUGCACCCUGUAGUUUUAAAUUUUAUUUUUCUGAUGUCUAAUCAUGUUGAGCAUCUUUUCAGGUGCCUAUUUGCUAUCCUUAUACUUUUGUGGUAAUGUACUAACCUCUUAUGUUAAUUCUAGAAAGUUUUUUUGUAGCACAUGUAGAAUUUCUUUUACAUGGAUAAUAGUGUUGUCUAUGAAUAAAGACAGUUUCACUUCAAAAAAAAAAAAAAAAGAAAAAUGUUUCUAGGGCGGUGCCUGUGGCUCAGUCCGUAAGGCGCCGGCCCCAUAUACCGAGGGUGGCGGGUUCAAACCCAGCCCCGGCUGAAUUGCAACCAAAAAAAUAGCCGGGCGUUGUGGCGGGCGCCUGUAGUCCCAGCUACUCGGGAGACUGAGGCAAGAGAAUCACUUAAGCCCAGGAGUUGGAGGUUGUUGUGAGCUGUGUGAUGCCACGGCUCUCUACCCAGGGCCAUAAAGUGAGACUCUGUCUCUAAAAAAAAAAAAAAACUCUGUGCCCUGGAUGACUGGGGCAUUAGAAAAAAUAAAA